AUCGCGAUGUAAAUCUCACUCGGUUAAUAAAUCAAUCCCCUUUUCGCACUCCACAUAGAGAGAGAGACGACAACGAGUCUUCUUCUACUCUCCAUCUCUUCUACCUCACCAACCCUCUCCGUCGUACUACGUUCUCGUAAUCCCCGACGCGACGCCUUACGCUGACUGCAACUUAAUUUCCGAUUUAACCGUCUUCGAGCAUUUGUUGGACGCAUCUCUUCUUCAUGCGGAUUAAAUUAGGUUUGAACUGAAUCGUCGAUGGGUCAGAAGAAGAAACCCCCCGCGCCUCGCUCCAAGCAAUCGCUAUCUUCUUCAGCGGCGGAGGCUCAGCCGUCCUCUGAGGUUUCCGCUUCUACCUCCUAUGAGGAGCCGUCAAAUUUGGCUGAAAUCAAGGCGGAGUGCGAGAAGGCACUGACGUCAUUCCGGCGGGGAAGCUACAACAAGGCGAUUCGGCUCAUGAAGGAAUCAUGCUCUCGCCAUCAACACUCUGCCCUGAUUCACCGUGUCCAAGGUACUGUGUGCGUGAAGGUUUCUUCUGUAUACGAAGACGCAGUUACUAAACAGAAGUACAUCCGUAGCGCUAUUGAAUCCGCUAGAAAAGCUGUGGAGCUUUCACCCAACUCUAUUGAGUUUUCCCAUUUUUACGCUAACCUGCUUUACGAGUCUGCUAGCGAUGGUAGAGAGUACGAGGAGGUUGUGCAGGAGUGUCACAGAGCUCUCGCCAUUGAGAAUCCAAUCGAUCCUGCUAAAGACUCUCUUCAGGACGAGAGUCAGCACAAGAUAUUGACACCUGAGGCUCGUAUUGCGAAUGUUCAGGAUGAGCUCAGGUCACUGAUACAGAAGUCUAAUCUUGGUUCGUUGUCCACUUGGAUGAAACAUCUGAGAAAUGGAGAAGGGGAGUUUCGGUUGUUUGACAUGAGGAAGAUGGCUGAGGAUCCUAUUGAGAGUAACUUGGUUCAGACCAGGAGGCCGAACGAGAUUAAGAAAGCUACCAAGACUCUUGAAGAGAAGAGGAAGGAGAUUGAAGUGAGAGUGGCUGCAGGUAGGUUGUUGCAGCAGAAAUCAGAAUCUUCCUCGGUAGAUAGUGUUAACAGCAAGGGAUCAGAUCCAGCAUUAGGCUCGGGUCAGAGAAGCGGGGAGAGGAGAAAGCAUGGGAAUGCAAGGAAGAACGGCUCUACAGUAGAGAGAAGAGAUCGGGUUAGAUCAUAUUGGGAGUCUACAAGCAAAGAAAUGAAAAAAGAAUUACUUAGGAUUAAGGUUAGUGAUCUUAAGAGUCACUUUAGUGCAUCCAAGGAUGGCGAUGCAAAUGAUAUAAUAACUGAAGCUUUGUCCUUUUGUGAAGCUAAUAAGACUUGGCGGUUUUGGGUUUGCUGCAAGUGUAGUGAAAAGUUCAAGGAUUCUGAGUCUUAUAUGCAGCAUAUUGUAGGGGAGCAUAUGGGUAACGUUUUUCCUAAGAUGCAAAUGGUUUUGCCUCAGAGUCUCGAUAGUGAGAGGAUUGAGAUGCUUCUUACUUCCCCUUGGAAACCAUUGGAUUUUCCUGCAGUGGUGAAGUUGCUUUGCAGCCAGCAGAAAAUCCAAAAUUCUGAGUUUAGUGAGUUUUACGCUGGAGGUUACAUGGACGAUGGUGACGAUUGCUUCCAGGAUGCAUGGAAUGACACUUCACCAGAAAAAGAAAACAUUGGAGAUGCUUGCAACGGUUAUGAGAAGAAUGAGUCGGAAAAGGAUAGGCUGCCAAAUCCGUUUUAUCUUACUGAUGAAUGGCCGAUAUCCGAUGAUCCGGAACGUACAAAGCUCCUUAAAAGCAUCCGUGCAGCAUUUGAGCUACUUAUCAAACACAGUUAUUUAGCUACCAGCCAUUAUGAUAAGGUGAUACAGUUUACUCUGGAUGAACUACGGAAUCUACCCUCGGUUUCGCAAUUCUUAAAUCGUGGUUUGGGUCAGUCACCCAUAUGCAUACGCUUCUUGGGAGCUACCCAGCUCAAGAAAAUUCUUCAAUUCCUGCAAGACUUGUCACAUGCCUGUGGGGUGAGUCGAUAUUCGGAACAAAGUAACCCCAACGAUGAAGUUGACCUGGGUCUUCAAAUUACAGAAGAGAUUUUUCUUGAUGGUGAAGGGUCAUGUCUUCUUCUGGAUGAAAAAUUGCUUGGCUCAGAGUGCAUCCAAGAGAAACAUAUGGGCUCAGCAUUGAAUAAUGGAGAUAUUGCCAGUUCUGAAGAUAUUGCUAAUGGCAAUAAUGUGUCUGCUGGUGCGGAUGGUUUUCUAUCAUGGAUCUUCUCAGGACCCUCUAGUGGGGAACAAACUGCGAUUUGGAUGCGCACAGUGGAAGAGAAAACAAAUCAAGAACAAAAGACCAUGGAGAUUCUUGAGAAGGAGGUCCAUGACUUGCAGAACCUCUUCGAGAGAAAAUGCGAGCACUUAGGCUACGAGGGAGCACUGCAAACUGUUGAGGACCUUUGUCUUGAAGAAGGCCGGAAAAGAGAGACUUCACCGGACUUUACUCAUGAAAGCUAUGAAUCUGUGCUGAGAAAACGAAGGGAAGAGCUAAGUGCUCAUGAAUUGGAGUUUUUUAGUAGUAGCUUUGAAUUAGAAGCUAUAAAAAAUGUUUUGAGAGACGCAGACACUCUUAAACGCAAUCAGUUUGGAUAUGAAGAAUCAUAUACAUGCACGAGUUCUCAGCUACGUGACCUAGAAUCUGGUGAAGCUGAUGAAUGGGGGAUGAAAGAUUCUUUUAGUGAAGCUGACAGUUUCAUAGAGACUGCGAUCCAGAAACAAAAGGAGCAGUUGUCUACAGAGCUUAACAGAAUCGAUGCAAGAAUGAUGCGCGGUGUUACUGUGGUGCAGCAAUUAGAGCUAAGGCUUGGACCUGCUUCAUCCAAUGAUUAUCAGAUAGUAAUGUUACCGUUGGUCAGGUCUUACAUGCGGGCACAUUUGGAGGCAUUGGCAGAGAAAGAUGCCACUGAGAAGUCUGAUGCUGCAAGCAAAGCGUUUCUCGUUGAGCUCGCUCUUGAUUCUAAGAAGGAGGCCCGAGGAAGAAAUGAUCAUUCUAAACACACCCAAGAAAAGUCCAAGGAUAAGAAAAAGAAUAAACACUCUAAAAAAUUGAAGGAUUCAAAGGCUUCUGUUGGAAACGACCAUCGCUUCAAUGUUGAUUCAGUUGAACACAGCCUCCCUUCGGUUGCAUCUUUUGGUGAUCCCUCAGAGGCUGACGUUGUUCCUGAAGCUGUUGAAUCUUUAAAAGAACAGGAAGAGGAAUGCAGACGCCGAACAGAGCUAGAGCUAGAUGAGAUAAAGCUUGAAGAAACUCUCGAGUAUCAAAGAAGAAUUGAGAAUGAAGCCAAGGAGAAGCAUAUUGCAGAACAACAAAAGAAAUACAGCUCUUUAGUUACAACGAGUGAUGCAGAGGCAGUGCAUGAUAUUUGCAGAGAUGGUGUCUUUGUUGAUUUAGAUUUACGAGAACAAGAAAAAUCACUAAGUCAGGAGAACCUUGUUCAAAGAAAUGGACUAUCUCAUGACUUGGAAGUAACUCACGUGUAUACAAAUGGUGACUGUCGGUCAACAAAUCAUUGUGCGAUACCUGAUGCUGCCACGGUUCAGGAUGUGAAAUCCCAAAAAGUAGUGGCUAAUGGGGUAGCUACCCAAGAUGGUGUUUUACAAUCUGAUCAACGCAUUGGGAGGAGGGGUAGACGCCAAAAAACUUCUAACAAGGUAGUUGGACCUUCUGAGAGCACCGGCAAGGAGAGAGAAUCUGAAACUCUGCGUAGCAAUGGUGAUGUGGGAACAAAGACAUUAAGACAACUACAAGCUGAAGAGGAUGAAGAAGAAAAGUUUCAAGCUGACCUUAAAAAAGCUGUGCGUCAAAGCCUUGAUACGUACCAAGGAGGUAGAAAUAUGACGUCAUGUUUGAGGACACCUCUGGAAGUAAACAGUCAUGAAAUUUCUGAUUCCACAAAGGAGUCUCCAAGCUCUACAGAAGUUGGCAUAUUUGGUACAGGUCUUCAGAAUGAAGUUGGGGAAUAUAAUUGCUUUUUGAAUGUUAUCAUACAGUCUCUAUGGAAUCUGGGGGUGUUUCGGGCUGAGUUCUUGCGUAGUUCAACUUUAGAUCACCAUCACGUUGGAGAUCCUUGUGUCGUCUGCUCAUUGUAUGAAGUUCUUACUGCUUUAAGCGCUGCGUCGAGGGAAAUACGAAAAGAACCUGUAACACCUUCAACGCUCAGAAUUGCGUUGAGCAACUUGUAUCCAGAUAGCAGUUUCUUCCAAGAGGCUCAGAUGAACGAUGCUUCAGAAGUAUUGGCUGUGAUUUUCGACUGCCUUCACCGCUCAUUUGCUCAGAGCGCAAGCGUGUCUGACACAGAUUCUUCAGAGAGCAACUACACAGGUUCAUGGGAUUGUGCCAACCGCACAUGUAUUGCCCAUUCUCUGUUUGGAAUGAAUAUCUUUGAGCAACUGAAUUGCUACAGCUGUGGGCUGGAGUCGAGGCAUAUGAAGUACACUUCCUUUUUCCAUAACAUCAACGCUAGUGCCCUACGGAAUAUGAAGGUUACCUGCCCCGAGACUGCAUUUGAUGAACUCCUAAAUCUUGUCGAGAUGAACCACCAAAUAGCCUGUGAUCCUGAAACUGGUGGGUGUGGGAAACCCAACCAUAUCCGACAUUUUCUUAACACUCCACCACAUGUUUUUACUGCAGUUUUAGGGUGGCAAAACACAUGCGAGAGUGUAGAAGACAUAGCAGCUACUCUUGCAGCCUUGAAUACCGAAAUAGACAUCAGCAUCAUGUACCGUGGUCUUGACCCUAAGAGCAUAUAUAGCUUAGCUUCUGUGGUUUGCUAUUAUGGACAGCAUUAUCAUUGCUUUGCAUAUAGUCAUGAACACGAUCGGUGGAUCAUGUACGAUGACAAAACUGUUAAGGUGAUCGGUAGCUGGACUGAUGUACUUUCUACGUGCAAGAAAGGACACUUGCAGCCACAGCUUCUUCUUUACGAGAAGCAACGUUAACCAAAAAGAAAAAAGGAAACCAAAAAAUAGAGCAAGUGGAGAUAUGGUGCUACGGUUUAGAAGAUCUCCCAAGUACAUACAGAAAAGGAAGUAAGUACUUUUUUUACAAUCAGAGCGAGAGGAAAAUUGUGAUAAUACUCAUCAGCGGUUGAAAGAGGAUGGGAAAGCAGAUUUUGUCACAUGAUUAAGCUAAAAUGUUUUCAUUGCAAGAGUUGUUACGGAAUCUAAAGGAAGUUUUCUUCGUCAAGUCAUUAUCACAUUGAGGAUUCGAUUCAUAUAAAUCUAUGCACUCUUCCUUCUUUGGUUUCUA